UGUGUGUGUGCUAGGGUGUGCUAUCAGCGGCAGGUUUCCUGGAGCCCAGUAGCUGUACAGCAGCGGACCAGUGUGGAAGUUGGAUCAUGAUGGUGAGCGUGGUGCUGGGCAGCUUCCUGGCAGCGCUGCUGGCUCUAGUUUUCUACCAGAGGCUGACUUAUCCCUUCUUCUGGGUGGAUUUGAUGUACUACUUUAAACUUCGGAGCUACCGAAAGACGUCGCAGGCUCGCAUGCAGCAGGGGAUCAUCACGUACCUCGACUGUUUCCUCUAUCAGGCGAGAAGGAAGCCGAACAAACCCUUCAUUAUCUUCGAGGAGCAGACCCUCACAUACCGGGACGUGGACAUCAGGAGUAACCGCUUUGCCAACGCGCUGCGAACGGAGAUCGGUGUGAAGAAAGGAGACAUUGUGGCUCAGUUGAUGUGCAACGAACCGGACUUUGUGUGUGUGUGGUUGGGAUUAUGCAAACUGGGCUGUGAAAUCGCUUUUCUGAACGUCAACAUUAAAGCCAAGUCUCUGCUCCACUGCCUACAAAGCUGCGGGGCGAAGACGCUCGUUGUCGGGGCAGAUUUGGUGCAUUUGGUGGAGGAGGUGCUACCUGAUUUGAAGAAAGACAACAUGGCUGUGUGGGUGGUAGAUCACACAUCACCAUCCGAGGAUGUCAACAGUUUAUUGGAUAAGGUGGAACACAUGUCUGGAGAAACCUUAAGUGAACUUCCUAAAGUUGACAUCAUGUCAAACUUCCUCUUCAUUUUUACUUCGGGCACUACAGGUCUCUCGAAGGCAGCCCGCAUAGGACACCUGAAAGCCAUAGUGAGUAUGGCCUUCUUCGCAGUGUGUGGAGCAACAUCUGAUGACAUCAUCUACAUUACUCUUCCUCUUUACCACAUGUCUGCUUCCCUGUUGGGAGUUGGAGGAUGCAUAAACCUUGGUGCAACUUGUGUGUUAAAAAAAAAGUUUUCUGCCAGUCAGUUUUGGAAGGACUGUGUGAAACACAAUGUGACUGUGGUGCAGUACAUUGGAGAGCUCUGUCGAUACCUGGUCAAUCAUCCUGUGAUUCCAGAGGAGAGCGCUCACAGGGUCCGGCUGGCAGCAGGAAGUGGUCUCAGAUCAGAUGUUUGGAAGAAGUUUACCAACCGCUUUAAAAGAAUAAAGAUCAGAGAGGGUUAUGGCCUGACUGAGGCCAGUAUCGGAUUUCUCAACUACACAGAUGAGGUCGGACCGAUUGGGAGGGCAAGCUAUUUCAACAAGCUUUCUAUGCCAUUUGAGCUCCUUCGAUAUGAUCCCCAAUCAUACGAGCCAGUCAGAGCAGACUCUGGAAUAUGCAUACGAGCACAAAAAGGAGAGGCAGGGAUCCUGGUAGCCCCUCUGACAGCUAUGAACCAGUUUCUGGGCUAUGCUGGAAACAAGGUCCAAUCAGAGAAGAAGCUGCUCAGGAAUGUGUUUAUAGCUGGCGACGUCUAUUUCAACACUGGAGACCUACUUCUCCAUGAUCACAGAGACUUUCUGUACUUCCAUGACCGCAUCGGAGACACCUUCCGGUGGAAAGGAGAGAACGUGUCCACCACCGAGGUGGCAGAAGUUUUAGGUCUUGUUGAUUUUAUCAAGGAGGCCAAUGUGUAUGGAGUCACUGUACCAGGAUACGAAGGUCGUUCAGGUAUGGCGGCUGUUGUCCUGAAACAUGAACACAAAUUAAAUGGAGCAGAACUCUACCACUGUUUAGUCAGAGCACUUCCUGCAUAUGCCUGGCCAUGGUUUCUCAGAAUACAGACCUCUCUGGAUGUGACUGAGACGUUCAAACAGCAGAAGACAAAGCUGGUCCAGGACGGCUUUAAUCCUGAUAUCACCGAGGACCUAGUGUAUUUCUUAGAUGUCUCUCAGAAGGACUAUAUACUCCUGACUGCAUCCAUGCAUCAAGAUAUUGUGUCAGGAAAGAUCAUUUUAUAAAAGUUUUAAGACAAUUUACUUCAAGAGAACUGAUCACCUGUGUCAUGGCCACAUUUCAAUUGGUCUCUGCUUUGAACCCGUAUGAAAAAAUCAUCCAACGAUUUGAAAUUAUUUUUCAGAGUCUUCAAGUAUUUAGUAAUCAUUAUUGAAUCAUCAACCACAGUAGCCUUAACAAAUACAAUUGAUAAGUGUUUCAAGGGAAAAUACUUUUAUUAAUAAUUGCACAUUUUAUAUAUAUUGGCUACAGCCUUGUUGAACUCGACACAAAGAGAAGCAGGUCUUUCGUAUGUAGGAGCAUUUUCUAGUUCUAUUUCUGUUAUUUUGUAAGUAAGCCUCCAUUUGAAUUGUUUAAAAAUUUUCUCUGUCUUGAUAAAUGUAGUGUCAUAUCUACACUUAUAUCCACAGUAAUAACUCAGUCAGUAAAACAAAAGUCAUGCCCUACUGUACUUUACUCUCUCUUUUUAACCGAAAUGUUGUUUUCAGUUACGUAUACCUAUACCUGUAUUCACUUACAAAAUGUGCAUGUGGAAAUGCUUACAAAAUGUAUAAUUUGUGUGUGUGUAAUAGUAGUAGUAAGUGAUCACGCUCUGUCCUGAUUGAGUUUCAUUGAUGUGGUGUACGGUGCCGAAACAAAAAGUCAUACAAGCAAAAUCAUCGUAAUUGGAGUAAUUUGCUGAGUGAAAACAGUAUUUAGGUUCAAAUGAGAACCUCAGAGAAACAGUAUGACUGUUGUUGUACUGAUGGCGCUUUGCUGAAUUAUCUUGAAUGCUAUUACACUCCCAUUCCCCCUCAGGGUAUUUUUCCCACGAUUCAUUUAGGUCAUACUACUACUGGCCACGACCACUAUUUGAAUGAUUUUUAUUUUCGUUGCAGCCCUUAUUUAAUGCUGAUUUCCCCUCUUCUUAGAACAAUGGGAUUGAUAUAUUUGUACUUAUUUAGUAUAAAAUAGCAUCAGUAUAUAUCAUACCUUAUCAUUACAAAAGAGUAAACAGAACUAAUAUUGUAAGUAGUGGUCAAUUCCCCAGAAUUGACCACUACUUUGAGCAAAUUGUAAAGGAAAAUAGAGUAGAAAGACUGAUAUCUCUAACUAGUUUCACCUGAAUCACUGUGUAAGUGUAAUAUUAUAUAUGAUUACCCAUAACAAAAACAUGUUGGUUUUUUUACACAUUAUCAAAAAAUUUUAAUUAAAACAAGGACAUACUGAUGGUGACAAGAUAAGUAUUAUUAAUUUUAUAAGAGCUAGAAAUAAUAAACGGAGCAAGUUAGACAAACAGAUUGAACAGACAUGUUUGGUAUUUUUCUUGCUUUCAGAUUUUUACUGUAAUAUAGUUUAAAUAAACAAAUGUAACUAUUUACCCUGCUCUUAUUCACAUCGGUAACCAUGCACAUUACAGCUGUAUCAUAUAGUAGAUUAUGAUCUACUGGACAUUUAACUUAAUUUGUACAUCUUUUGACUCAAAUUUCACCAAAUGUGUCCUGUUAUUUACCUGCACAUGCAGGUCCUUUUUCAUGUUAAGAGGAUUUAGUGGAAUAAACAUUAAUGUUUCAUGGCAAA